CCUCCCCCCACCGCCGCCGUCCCCAUUCCCAACGCGCCGCUCCCCGCUCCGCUCCGCCAUGGCCGGCGCCUUCGCCCGCGCCCUCCCGGGCCGCCGCUCCGCCGGGCUUCUGGCCAUGGUGGGCGCCGGCUCGCUCGCCGCCGGCUUCCUCAUCGUCCGGGACUCGGUCAGCGCCGGCGAACGGCAACGGCGGCGCUACCCGCCCAGCGCUGAGUACCCCGACCUGCGGAAGCACAACAACUGCAUGGCCAGCAACCUGACACCUGCCAUCUACGCCCGGCUCUGCGACAAGGCCACCCCCAACGGCUGGACGCUGGACCAGUGCAUCCAGACCGGCGUGGACAACCCCGGCCACCCCUUCAUCAAGACUGUGGGCAUGGUAGCAGGCGAUGAGGAAACCUACGAGGUGUUCUCCGAACUGUUCGACCCGGUGAUCCAGGAGCGGCACAACGGCUACGACCCGCGCACCAUGAAGCACACCACAGACCUGGACGCCAGCAAGAUCAAGUUCGGGCAGUUCGACGAGCGCUAUGUGCUGUCGUCGCGUGUGCGGACGGGGCGCAGCAUCCGCGGGCUGAGCCUGCCGCCCGCCUGCACGCGGGCCGAGAGGCGUGAGGUGGAGAAGGUGGCGGUGGAGGCGCUGAAUGGCCUGCGGGGCGACCUGACCGGGCGCUACUACCGUCUGGGCGAGAUGACCGAGAAGGAGCAACAGCAGCUCAUUGACGACCACUUCCUCUUCGACAAGCCCGUGUCCCCGCUGCUGACGGCAGCAGGAAUGGCCCGUGACUGGCCCGACGCCCGUGGCAUCUGGCACAACAACGAGAAGACCUUCCUGGUGUGGAUCAACGAGGAGGACCACACACGCAUCAUCUCCAUGGAGAAGGGCGGCAACAUGAAGCGCGUGUUCGAGCGGUUCUGCCGUGGCCUGAAGGAGGUGGAGCGGCUGAUCCAGGAGCGUGGCUGGGAGUUCAUGUGGAACGAGCGACUGGGCUACAUCCUGACCUGCCCCUCCAACCUGGGCACGGGGCUGCGGGCCGGCGUCCACAUCAAGCUGCCGCUUCUGAGCAAGGACAGCCGCUUCCCCAAGAUCCUGGAGAACCUCCGACUGCAGAAGCGUGGGACCGGCGGGGUGGACACAGCAGCUACMGGCAGCGUCUUUGACAUCUCCAACCUGGACCGGCUGGGCAAGUCCGAGGUGGAGCUGGUGCAGCUGGUGAUAGACGGUGUGAACUACCUGAUCGACUGCGAGCGGCGGCUGGAGAAGGGGCAGGACAUCCGCAUCCCCUCCCCAGUGCCRCAGUUCCGGCACUGAGCCAGCGCCGCACAGCGCCGGCCGCAGCCCAGCUCCUCCCCGCAGCUUUCGCGAGCGCCGUGCC